AUGGAGGUGGCGUGGGCACCCUGGUCGGGCGCUGUAGGGGUCCGAUCCCUGAGGGACUUUGCAACUCCCCAGGCUGCAGCCGCGCGGCCGGCCUGGCGCUGCGGAGGGAGCGCAGGCGGCGCGGGAGGCAGCGGCGCCGCCGCCGAGCCCCGCGCGCUCCCCACCCCCUCAAGGUUGGGCCGCUGGGACCCGGAUCCGUGGACAGAGAGCAGCCCGCGGGACGGCGGAAGGACGCGCACCGAGGCGCAGAGGUCCGGCCGCCCGCCCGCCAAGGAGUUGCCUGCCCAGGGCCCCGGCCAGUGCCCAGCCCCGCUGGGAGCCCCGGCCAGCACCACGGACGGCGCCCAGGAAGCCCGAGUCCCCCUGGACGGGGCCUUCUGGAUCCCGAGGCCCCCGGCAGGUUCGCCCAAGGGCUGCUUCGCUUGCGUGUCCAAGCCCCCAGCCCUGCAGGCUCCAGCGGCCCCUGCCCCUGAGCCCUCUGCCUCUCCCCCGAUGGCGCCCACACUGUUUCCCAUGGAGUCCAAGAGCAGCAAGACCGACAGCGUUCGGGCUGCCGGCGCCCCCCCGGCCUGCAAGCACCUCGCCGAGAAGAAGACGAUGACCAACCCCACGACCGUCAUCGAGGUCUACCCGGACACCACCGAGGUGAACGACUAUUACCUGUGGUCCAUCUUCAACUUUGUCUACCUCAACUUCUGCUGCCUGGGCUUCAUCGCCUUGGCCUACUCUCUCAAAGUGCGAGACAAGAAGCUUCUCAAUGACCUGAAUGGAGCCGUGGAGGAUGCAAAGACCGCCCGGCUGUUCAACAUCACCAGCUCUGCCCUGGCAGCCUCCUGCAUCAUCCUCAUCUUCAUCUUCCUGCGGUACCCACUCACCGACUACUAAGGGCCACCAGGCACGGCCACUGGUGGACAGAGCACUGAGAUGUGUUUAUUUUCAUGGCCCUUGAAACGCAGGGUCCCAUGAAGUGGGGGUGGGGCAGGGAUUCUAGUCCUGGGGCCCCCUUGAGCUGUGAACCAUGCAGGAAGGCCGUCAGAAGCUGAGUAAGGCAAGGAGGGGGUUGGCCCUCAGCCCACCCCCUCUGCCUCCUGGCCUCCACCCUGCCUGUAUCUGGGGGCUGGGGGCUUCUCCCCACGCUGCUGCACCCCGGCUUCCAGUGGCUCUGUCCUUGCCCUCAUGUGCCCCUUCCCAGGCUCCUGAGGCCCCAUGGACCUGACACCCAGCAAGAAGGGCUUAUGCAAAAGUGUCCCAGGAUGGGAGGGCUGCCAGCAUCUGAGGACACGCUCUGUGCUCCCUGACCCCACCUCCUCCACACCGUGACCCUGCUCAAAGCCCUUGUAUCUGUGAACUUUCAAUGAAACACCCAUGCCGCUCCAGCCCAGCCUUCCACUUCUUGUCCCCAGCAGGGGCUGGAAAAGUCUGGAAGCUUUGUGAGCUUCCUUCAGGGACUGCCUGGUGGCCAGAGCCCCUGGUUCUGUGUCACAGCAGAUGGCAGGAGACACUUUGCCCCAUCACAGCUUUGCCAGGCAGUGAGUGGGGGGGCAUUUGGUGGAAGUACCCCAAACCCGAGUCCCUUAGAGGGUCAGGCAGCCUCCUGGGGGGGUGGAAAGGGGUGGGGCACAGCCUCAGCUGUGCACAUUGGCAAAAAUCAGAGCAGAGGAAACCACAGAUUCACUCAGAAGGAAGCAGCAGGCAGUGAGCACAGACCCCUGGCCAACUCCUGUCCCUGCUGGAGGGCUCUGGGACCUGGGCAGGCCCCUUUACCUCUCUCGUGCCCAUCUCCUUAGCUGUAAAAUCAGAAGAUGUCCUUUCACAUCUACAAUCACUGUGAAAAUCAACUGAAGAUGCCGUGCAAAAGCUGAGGCCAGCGCCCUGCCGGCCCCUAGCCUGUGCAGUCCUCCACGUGGGACGCGGGAUGCAGGGAAGCGCACUGCCGGCCCCCAGCCUGUGCAGUCCUCCACGUGGGACGCGGGAUGCAGGGAAGCGCCCUGCCGGCCCCCAGCGUGUGCAGUCCUCCACGUGGGACGAGGGAUGCAGGGAAGUGCCCUGCCGGCCCCCAGUGUGUGCAGUCCUCCACGUGGGACGCGGGAUGCAGGGAAGCGCCCUGCCGGCCCCCAGCCUGUGCAGUCCUCCACGUGGGACGAGGGAUGCAGGGAAGUGCCCUGCCGGCCCCCAGUGUGUGCAGUCCUCCACGUGGGACAUGGGAUGCAGGGAAGUGACCUGGCCCCUGGGAGCUCGGGCACAGUCAUGGGGGUGCCACUCAGCCCUAAAGACAGGUGUGAUGAGUGUGCACUAGGAAGAGCACAGGGCGUCCAGGCGCACGGAGGAGGUGGGAGGUGAAGACGGAGAACAAGUGAGGCAGCCGCCCUGCAUGCAGAGCCUCGUGCCCUGGGGGCCCAGCUGGUCUGGGAAACCACUGGAGAUUCUACAGCUCAGGUGCACAACGGGAAGGACUCCGUAUUCCACGGGAAGGCAGGCGACCUUUCCCAGGGAAGGGGCGUGGCCACGUGCUUCGUGUUUUGGGAAGAUGGUGCCUUGUGGGGCAGCUAGUCCAGCCUGGAGGGGAUCCCAGGGAACAGAGGCAGAUGCAGGUGGAGGGAGCUGAGCCAGGGCAGGGGCCGGGGCAGAAGGCCGGACAGCAGGCGUCUGGCGGCUGCGCAGGCGGUGGGGUUGACUGGUUUGGGAGGUACGUCGGGGAGACACCCAAAGGGUUCCUGUGCCUUGACUCGGACGGCCCAGUGGGUAGAGAGGGCUGUGUACCCAGAGCGGGGAGGCAGGGAGAAGAUGUUGACUUUGAGACGCCAAGCAGAGAGGGGAAGAGGCUUCUGGGCUGGAGGCUGCAGUGCCUUGGAAGGGAGGCCCUGGAGCUAGCAGCAGAUUCGACAGCCCCAGGGGUCAGGGCACAGCCGUGGCAGGAGCGCGGUGAGCAAGACUCUGGUCACAGUUCUGACCCAGAAACCUGCAAAGGAAGAGAGGGUGGCCGGCACCAGCCCUCGGACCUGGGCUGCAGUCCAGGCGGAGAUGGGGGAGAUGCUCAGAGAAGAGGGGAGGGGAGUGUGUGACCUCAAAACAGGAGGGCAUGGGGGUCAGGGUCAGGAGAGGAGGUGGGUGGGGACAAUGUGGGACCCUUGGGCACUGACCCUCGACCCCAGGCAGUGGUGGGAUGGGAGGGAAGGAGAUGGCGGGCCGUGAGGCUGCUGCGCGGCUGCCUGGGGCUGUCCCUGCGCCUCUGGGAGGGUGGUGGGAGAGCCAAGGGCGGCUGCGUGCCUCACCGAGCCUGUGGCAGCCUGGCUCUGGCACUUUGGAUGCUUGCACUAUUAGACCCAGAGGCUUCCUGGACAAGUCUGGGCUGAAAGAUGACGGCAGAGGCUACAAGGCCUGGAAGGAGGGUCCAGCUUCUAGAUCCCGGCUCACGUAGGGGAGACCGGGGUCCUGGGACAUGAGGUCAACUAAGGCCCACCCCAGUGUCCAGGCUUCUUCCCUGUUAUACCCAGAAGGGAAGAAAGUAGAGGACAAAUGCCUUCUCUGCCUAUUUUCCUUAAGCCUUCGAUGCCAGGGCUGGUGUGCAUGGGGCCGGGGCCAGGAGGAAGCACACCUACGUUAGGGAAGGCCUCGGGCAGCUUUUCCCUGGGGGGAGCGUUUCCCUGGGAUGUGCCUGCGCCUGGCUGAAGCUUUCUGAGUUCAUGCAGGGAAAUGGAAUGGCCACUUUCCAGCCAGCAAAGGCACCCCUAGCUCUUGGGAUGUUUGCAUCCAACCCCGGGCAACGCAGGGCUGCAGAGGCCCCUGGCUUCCACACCUGGGGACCGGGAGAGGGCUGGCGCUCCUAGGCGGGCGUCCACGGCGAGGUGGGGCCGCCGCAGCAGGUGCAUUCUCACCCUCAGCAGGCAGGCAAGCAGGCAGCGGCUCCGGCGCUGGUCUCCGGCUUCGAAGUCUGUGUCUUUGCCUGUCCGUACUCAUCCCUGACCUGCUGGCACUCCCUGCCCACUGCACUCCUCCCACCUCAUGUUUAUGUGGUUUUGCACAGUGCCUGGCAAGCAUUUGACACUCAAUAAACAUUGUACGAAUGAAAGAAUGAA